AUGAGUAAAAAUGAGUUAGUAAAGAUUGUAUCUAAAGUAAGAGAAGAUGAAUUAAAUGAAUUACAUGAAUGGUUAAAUAAUUUUACAUUAUCACGUAAAAUAAAAAAUGUCAAUAGAGAUUUUUCGGAUGGUGUAUUAAUGGCAGAAUUAGUAAAUUCUUGUUUGCCUAGAUUUGUUGAAUUACAUAAUUAUAGUAAAGCUAAUUCGAUAAAUCAAAAAAGAUAUAAUUGGAAUACUUUAAAUGAAAAAGUAUUUAAAAGAUUGGAUUUUAAAAUCGAUAAAAAAAAUGUCGAAGAAAUUGUUAAUUCUAAAUGUUUGGGAGUAGAAAAAGUUCUUAUCACUUUUAAAAAACAAUUAUUUAAAUUUCAAAAUGAAAUUAAAGAAGAAGAGGAUAAUUUAAAUCAUACAGAAAAUAAUAAUGAGGACAACUCAAGUGAUAACAAUAAUAUUUCUACAAAAGAAAAUAACCUUGAUGAAAGUAAUUCGGAGAACUUUCAUAAUGAUGAAAUUAUUAAAAUAUUAAAGUAUAAAAUCAUUAAUUUAGAAAAACUUUUAAAAAUUAAGGAUAGCAAAAUUGAUAUAUUAAAUAAAAAAAUUGAUACCUUAAAUAGGAUGAAAAAUUCCUUUUGA